AUGGACUUCACCGGCACCUGGAAGGUUUAUUCUGAGGAGAACCUGGACGAGUUUCUCAAAGUCGUCGGAGCUCCAGAGAUGGUUGUGAAGAUGCGUAAAGACGUGAAGCCGGUGAUGGUGAUCGAGCAGAACGGGAAAGACUUCAGGUUCACGAUGAAGACUCCGUUCUUCAGCCGAGUCAACUCCUUCACCCUCGGCAAGGAGGCGGAAAUCUCCUGCCUGGACGGCAGGAAGCUGAAGUGCACGGUCAGGGAGGAGGACGGGAAGCUGGUUUCUGAGACCGACAGGUUCACGUCUGUCCGGGAGAUCCAGGGGGACGAGAUGAUCGAGACGACCACCGCUGGUUCUGUGACCUUCAUCAGCAGAAGCAAACGGGUCUGACCAGAACCGAGAGGUUGGUGAGGAAGAGCCCACGUGGAAAUGAUUUAACGCUGUUUAAUGAAGCGACUUAAU